AUGGUUUAUACGUGUUUCUUGUGUAAGUGGAGAAGUGAUAAACACCCUCAGAGAUCCUAUCACAAAUUUCCUUCAAAUAAUGAAUUGAAGCAGAAGUGGUUGGAUAUUUUAGGAAAGAGCAAUGUCUCUGUAGGAACCCGCACAACAUUAUGUUGCUUGCACUUUAAAGAAGACUGUUUUCGUUAUGGACUAGUCUAUGGAAGGAAAGUGUUGAAGGAUGGUAGCUUGCCAACACUAUAUUUAACAAAAGGGGAUAAAAAAGGCCCAACGAUUAAAUCAAUUGAUGAUAUAAAAAUUCUUAAAGCUCCGACGGAAAGUAGUUUGCGAACUCAACAUCCAACAACAGACAAUGUGCAGAUGAAACAUUCAGCUUCAGAGUUGAAUAUUGAAGAUAAACAGAUGCAAGUUACAAAAUCUGAAUUGGAUGUUGAAAACAACCUUGCAGACGUUGCAAUGGAAAUCUCUUUACCCAAAGCUUCGUCCAGAAAAAGUGACCCAAUUGAUGAACAACCUGGAAAACUUGAAAUGGUAUGCUCAAAGAAAAAACGUUUAUGGAACUCUAAAACUCAAAUGAAAUCACAAUUGACAGAGGCGAAGAAGACGGUCAAUAAAUAUGAAGCUGAGAAUAAGUUGAUGCAUAUAAAACGCACUCAGGGACGAACCCUAGCUAAGCGAGGGCGACGUGCAUGGCUUAAAGCUGCUGGGCGGGAAGAUCUCGUCGCUAAAAUUGUCGAUGACAGUGUAAGACAACAAUACAGAAUAUGUGAAGAUCAUUUCGAAAAGACUUGCAUUAAGUUCUCCAAAAAGAGAACUAGGAAAUAUUUAUUAGAUAGUGCAUUUCCAACACUGAAUUUGGAAUUGUAUAACCGUGCACGUUUUAGCCAAUGCGAAACUGUUUCUACGGAAGAAAAUCAGGAAUUUCAAAAUGUGUCUGUGAUUGAAACAUCUUCAAGUUCAAACGAGAAUUUGAUUAAAAUAAAUUAUUUGCAAACUGUAAUUUCUUGUAACAUUGAAACAGAUGCAAAAGACAUUGAUUGUGCUAGUGAAAGUAGAUCAGUGCAAACCUCUCUUCAACUUGCAGCGAUCAAUCCAAGGAAGAGGAAACUACCAAUUGAAGUUGUCUUUACUGCACGUGGCUUGUGCCCUCCGGUGUUUACUCCACUCAACGAAGACUAUAGUGUUAACUAUGAAGCUAUUGCACCAUACGCUAAGUUCUUAGCUGACAAUGGAAUAAAGUCUGUGUUAGUGGGUGGUACAACAGGAGAACACAUGUCUUUGUCGGUGGCUGAUAGAAAAAAAAUUGUUGACGAAUGGGUUAAAGAGGGCAAAUCAAUUGGAUUACAUAUAAUGGUUCAAGUAGGCGGGGCCCCACUCGCUGACGUUCUUGAUUUAGCAAGAUACUGCUCAGAGGUCGGUGUUGAUUCACUACUUACUCUACCGGAGCUAUACUUCAAACCUCAGACAGCUUCAGAGCUGGUUUCAUACGUUGAAUUAAUAGCAAAUGUUGCACCAAAUCUUCCUGUUCUAUAUUAUCAUAUUCCUAGUAUGAGUAAAGUUGAAAUUAAUAUGCCGUCAUUUGUAACGGAGGCCACAAUUCGUAUACCAAAUUUUAAGGGAAUUAAAUUUACAUCGAACGAUCUGAGUGAAGGUGCGCAAGUUCUGAGGUGUUUAAAGGAUGGCCAGGAAAUGUUUCUUGGAGCUGAUACUUUGCUAGCACCGGCUGCGUUAUUAGGGAUAAAAUCCAGUAUCGGAACAACAUUUAAUUUGUUCCCGCGCCUAGCUCAAGAUAUACUGGACGCUGUGGACAGAGCAGAUAUCGCUGAAGCCAGAGCAUUGCAAGAAAAACUAAGUCUCGCGAUAGAAGCCCAUACUGUUGAAGGUCCUUGGGUUCCUAUAAUGAAAGCUGGUAUGGAAAUAGUGACUGGAAUACAAGUGGGUCCUCCCUCGUUACCUCAAAGACCCUUAUCCAAAGAAGCUAAGAAUAAAAUAGCGUCUAGACUGAAAGCGUUGAAAUUAAUCGAU